AAAGUCCUGUGCCAACAUGAACAAGAGGCACAGGAACAUCCAUAAGUGUUUGACAAAAGAACCUUCUCAACAGUCCUAUGAGGGCCAGAGUUUGGACUGGGAUCCUGCAGAGUCAGACACAGAGAGCCUGGUCCAGGAAAGAGCCUAUCAACAGCAGCUAAAGCUGAAUAUAAGCAACAGCUCUCCAGUGAAAACUGUGUGUUUCAACAACAACGUCAGCACCUCACACAAGACAAAUGAAGGUUCAGGUGGUGAUGAUGAUGAUGAAGGUCUGGAGGUCUUUGACAGCUUAGAAAUGUCCAAUUGCCAACCUGUUCUGCCACAGGGACAAAAUGUGGAGUAUGAAAGAAAUGAGAGCAUUACAAACAGCCAGGUGUUCCCAGAUGAUGUCUAUUCACACCUGCACUAUGGGACCAACCCAAAGAUGAGCUCCAAAGCAGUGGGAUGGCCCCGGGAGGGUCCCCUCAUCUCUGUGGAUGAAUCUUUUCUCUCCACAGAAGAACACCUUUGCAGAAACAGUAAAGAAGGACUUAAAAAGGAUGGAUACAUGUUGGUGACUGACACAAGUCAGCAACUGAUGAUUCCUCAAAACCUCCACUGUGAUCAGCCAUAUCUUCUGCAUCCACAAUAUGGAUGCAAUAAUGCAAUCUCUACACCUACACCCGCUCAGUGCACCAAUGUACAGCUAAGACCAUCUGAAGAAAACCAUAAACAUGAAACUGAAAAUAAUAGUGCUACUUCAGCAUUAACAGAGGAACAUGUCACACACAAUCAAAACCACACACAAGUAAAACCAGGACAAAUGGACAAAACUGCAAAAGCACAAAAGGAGAAGGACAUAGUGAAGCAGAACAAACUGACCCUGGGACGUAACACGACAAAGUAUGGGUCCUAUGUAAAGGCCCAUGCACUUAGAGGACCCCAUGGAUUAAGGGCACAGCAAGCCCCAAAAGCGACCUCCAGCUCCGACAUUCAAAGCAAGAUUGAGCUGCCAAAAACACAGCAGGUAAAGGUCAGGCCGAUGAGAAAAGAGAAGAAAGCCGAGCGGAAAGAAGACUUAACUCCAUCUGGACCUCUGCAGCCUCUGGCCCCAGGGGUCAGAGCCGAGCAGGGACACAGGCUGAGCUCCACUAUAACAAAAGCCGCUGUAAAAAGACUCAAAGCUCCAAGUUCAUCCCAGCCUCUGUCUCCUACCAUCCACCUCAACAUUAACCUCGACACUACACCACAUCUGCCACUGUUAAGUACACAGCAAAUACCCCAGUCUAUCAUCAAACUGUCCUAUCCACACGUCAGCCCUGAACUACAGAUCUCUCUGAGUCCAGGUAUUACACAAACAAGGCACAAAAACCCCUCCAUGGCUUAUCAGGGUAUUAGUGGUCUUCAUACAAACCUAAACCAAUGGAACCUGGAGAACAUCCCAGAACAAUGGCAAAGAUUGACUGCAGUAAAAGAACAGUUAAUCUUUGAGGAAGAGGACCAAAGGGAAAGUGUCUCUGAAGACCAGACUGUACCACUGCUCUCUGAUUCACCCUCCAGCACUGCCCAAAGCUCCGGCUCCAGCUACAAAGUGCUGCCCCCUAUAGGCCAGCCGGGACCAGAGCAGGACGAUGAGUUACGUUCCACACAGUCUGGCCAAAGAAGAGUCUCUGAUGGUUACCUUGUGCAGACGGAGAAAAAGAAGCAGUUGCAAACACAGACUGCAUAUAAGGCCUACAGCUUGAAAGAUUACAAGCAGCUGAAGCCUGAUGUGACUCUUCGAGGCCUUGGACCAGACUACUCUGCUAUGGAGAAAACAGUAAGGGUCAUCACUAACAGUAAUCUAUAA